CCGCCAUGGGACUCUUCGCCGAGAUCUGCGGCGGGUGGACCUACCGCAAGACCCUCUGGUGGGGCUGGAUAUGGAACGCGCUCAUCGCGUUCCUCUUCACCGUCUGCGGCAUCGUCGUCGCGCAGAAGCUGAACAAGCUGGACUGGGUCACCAACGCUGCGACCGGCGAGGUUGACGAGACGAGCGAGAAGCUCGUGGGCGGGCUCGUCGCCAACAUCUCGUGGGGCAUCGUCCUCAACGCCCUGUUCCUCAUCUUCUCGCUCGUCGUCCUCCUCCGCAAGGUGCGUCCCCACCACCGCGAAAACCCGCGCAGGGUUCAAUCGCGCCGGGGUAAAAGGGACAACGAAAACCGAGGCCCUCGCGAGCGCGCCCGCCCCCUUCCGGUUCUGACCCCGCGCGCCCUUCCUUUCCCCCGUCCAACCACGACGCAGACGAUCGCCAAGACGGGCGCGGGAUUCAGCUACGGCAUCAUCGUCGGCAGCGCCAUCCACCUGUUCUUCGCGCAGUGCGAGGUGGCCAUCGCGCUGGACGCCCACGACAAGUGGCUGAAGCAGUCGCUCGCCGACUCGACGGUUUGGGCGUCGCAGGACAACAACACCUACCGGGGCGUGUACGUGCUCGGGUUCCUCUCGUCCAUCUCCUACCUCGUCUUCGCCGUCAUCAUGAUCGUGUGCAUGAAGGCGGUGAUGAAGGACAGCUCGGAGCCCUACACCGAGUUCAGGGACAGGUACGGGGUGUCCAGCGACCGAGGCGCUCGGCCGUCGCAGGGGCCGUGAAGACGACGAAGCGUGUGUGCGUCGAACUGUUUUUCAUUAUUCCGAGUGUACGUCAA